AUGGCCGAAAGAAUCCAUCCGGUCAAUUUCAACUCGAGUGACGCAAAGAGUAAAUUGGUGCUCAGGAUGAAAUUCUCAAAAACCGAGGCGAAAAAAUUUGGGAAUAAUUUACAAGACAAAAUACUAUCGAAAGUUAAAACCGUGAAAAGCACAAAGGAACUGGUCCA